UUCUUAUCUUUGGCAGCUAAACUGCUAAAGCUUUCUUCAUAAUGUCAGCCAUGAGGAAUACUAAGCUCAAUCUUGUCAAUUACAUAUCAGUAUUGGCUUUCUCGCUUCUCGUUUUAUCAACAUCGGCACAGAAAACAUAUCCUGCUGAUGUGGAAGGCAUAAAGCUCUUACAAUCGGAGUUUAAUGACCUUAAUUAUAAUGAAACAUUUGCAAAAUUACCGGAUGAUCCAUGUCUUCCUACCCCAUAUUAUUGGGUUACUUGCAGCUUGGAUGAUACCCCUCGGGUAACGGAAUUAAAUUUAGGCAAUCGAAAAUUACUAUUUGGGACCCUCCCCGACUUUAGCUCAAUGGAUGCACUUGAAAUAAUUGACUUAAGAAACUGCUCUUUGGUCGGUGAAUUUCCUGAUUUUCUUGCCGAGUUUCCUAAACUCAAAGAGUUGAAUUUGAUGGAUAACCAUUUCAUGGGGACAGUACCUACUUCAUUGCAGAAAAAUAAAGACUUAAAGUUGACGUUGUCCGGGAAUACACUCUUGUGCUUUUCUGAUGAAAAAGAAUGCAAACCCACAGAAGAAUAUAUAGAAGGAACAGAAAUAAAAAUCCCACCAGGGACACCGGGAAUAAAUUAUGUACCGGGGACACCGGGAAUAAUUUACCCACCGGGGACACCAGGAAUGCCAACAGAUAACGCGGGAAGUCGUGAAAACUCGUUGCCAAUCAUACUUGGCUCUGCAAUUUCAUUCUUUGUGAUGUUUUGGAUUAUUGUUUAAUUUUGGGAUAUUUGGGUUUUUAAAUCUCAAAGAUGUAGGGAGUGAGUUCAUGUGUGGGCCGUAUAUAUUCAUCUGUCUGUGUGUGAUGAAUUCAGCGGCUGGUUCGUUACUGAAAUUUUUUCAAGUUUGUAAUCAUUUUUACCUUUUUGAGUACAA